AUGGCGAGUAUUGUUCGUUUCGCUUUCAGAGUUACAAGUUUUGAUACUAAAAUAUGUGUUUCGACGGAGCGCCAGUUUUUGUCGGACUUCGUAGCGGGUGCUGAGAGUACUGCUGGGGGUAGAUUGGCACGAUGGUUGGCACCGACGCCUCGUGUCGAACCUUCGAACUGUGACCUUAAAGCUCCAGCCACUGUGGUUCUCCCAUCAACACGAGUUAAUUUACCCGUUGUAGUUCGAGAUCAAUACGGAGAUAUUGUGACUUCACCUGCCGUUAAAAUAGAGGUCAUAGUACAAAACAUGGCCAUGUCCCUACGUAUGUGUCGACCCACGGAAGCCGAACAAGAGGGUGGAAUACCAAAUGUACGGUAUAGUCCAACAAUAAGAGAAACUAUGCGUUUUCAAACGAUCACUAUGAUGAAGGCAUACCAAGAUUAUUCUUGGGAAGAACUCCGGUUCGCCAGUGGUUUAUGGGGUGAGGAAAAGUUGAAAGGCAUUGGAAUACUGAACGUCCCUACGGAAAAGAUAACCGUGAGAGCUCAAACUGAUGGUUCAUAUUCAGCUCUUUGGAUUCCGCGAGCCCCAGGCAAAUACUUAUUUAGAUGCACCCUGGACGACCAACCUUCUCCACAGGAGGUAAUAAUAGAAGUCCCGGAAAAUGAGAACGUGGAUUCUGAAGAAUUAUGCCCCACGGCAAGCGCUCCCACGAAACUUAAGAAGUUCAUGGCACAAUGCAGUGCUGGCCUCCGUGUUCGUGCCAGUCCCAGUUUACAAGCUGAAGAACUUGGCAGAGUUCCAUCUGGUGCUUAUGUCACUUUUAUCGAGGAGGUGACAAACAAGGAUGGGACGUGGGUACGCUUGAGCAACGACUCUGUACAAGCAUACGUAGAGGGAAAUGUAGACGUUGCCUGGUGUUUGCAGUAUCACAGGCAGCUCGACCGCGCCCUACUCGGACCUGUCGAGGAUGGACCUACCACUCCACCAGAGGAGGGUUUGAGCAGCUGGAGUCGAUUAGAUGCCCCAUCAGAAAUACCAACACGGCCUAACAAAAGUGAUGCCGCCGAUGGUAAGCAUUUUAUCCCUUUUUGGAUAAUUAUUAUCAAAGGAUGGCUAACUCGUCUAAAUUUCUCAUUUCCAGAUAUAACAACAGAAGAGAGACCUUUUCCGUUUUCUAUCGGAUGUGAUCUUGGAGAUGACGACGAAAAAUCACAUGUUGGUGUCCCGGAACCAAGUAAAUUUGAGAGACGAAUGAGGAAUGAAGCAGUCGCAAUGAUGCAGCAGCAAGCUGCAAAAAUUGUACAACUGCCUGAAUUACCUAUAGACCAAUGUCGUCGCAACAACGGAAAUGGGGAUGGAGAUGACGAAGAUCUAGGACAAGCUAUACGCCCCGUAAUAAAUGAAGUAAACGUCGCAAAUAUUAUUGCUGAUGUGAACGAUGCAAACAUUAUUAAUGCUGUGGAUGCUGUAGCAGCAGCUCUUGAUGAAAGCGCUAAAGUAGUCAACGAUGCUAGCAGAGACGAUUUCGUUCAUAAACCACAAGCUAUGGAUCCAGCCGAUAACGCACAAGAAAUCGAGAUUGGAUCGGAUGAUAAUGAGGCUAACGCAUUGAAACCUUGUCCUAAAGAUGUUGAAGUCGAUGAAAACAUAGAAGCUGUUCAAAUAAGGAACGCUGUAGAAACUGCAAAUGACAAGCCCGAUGCCAAGAGCGUUAACGAUGAAAAUAAUGAUAAAAUAGAAGAAGAGAAAAAGCUAACACAAGCUGCAACACAAACUUCGCCCGAGACUAGUGUACAAGGACAAAGUUCCGAUCAACCUACACCCAGUACAUCAAAGGGUGAAAAAAGAGUUGUCGUAAGGGAACGUGUUGGAAGUAUAUCUAGUUAUAAGCAGUCUUCACCACCGCCUUUACCGGCUCGAACUAAGCUAGCACCCAUCAAGAAGCAAGCACAGAGCCCAGCCCAGGGUGAAUGUCUACGAGCCAUAUUUUCCGCGUUAUUGUGGCAUGAAGGGACCGUCCAUGAUGCAAUAGCGUGUGCAGCCUUUCUUAAAUUCCAUCCACAAUUACCAAAGGCUGGUGCGACGGUAGUGACGCGGGCUGUCGCACAAGACUCCCUUUUGCCCAAACAUCAGCGCCAUUCUGUUGAAGUUUCCAAUGCAGGCCAGUACCUUCGAAUAAACCCAUCCACGCUAGAAACGUUGACCCGUUCAGGGACCGAGGCAACUGCAAGUCGAGCUCGGCGAAGCGACAUUAACGUAACAAUACGCGAAGAAGAUUCCCAUUCUAACGUAUUUGAAGCUGGUCCGUCUUCUGCGUCAACCUCAACAUCAGUAGUAAACGUGCUUCCUCCGGCAUUGCGCGCUCUUGUUGCUUUGUGGGAUUCACUUUGCGACGCCGACCAACUAAAUGCCGCUACGGACAAGCUUAAAAAGGAAGAAACGAAUGAUAACGAUGAAAUAAGACCACUUGGGGGUGCCUUACGUAAGAAAAAUUGGAAACAAGCACCAUCAAUGAAGUUACCUUAUAUGAUCCGCUGUGAACUAUGUGGUGGAGCGAAUGUUUCGCCCCCCUUGGCCUCGCACAUGCGUAACACACAUCCCGGGUGCCGAGCACCGACCAACCGCGGCUACGACCGAGCUGGUACUUAUAAACACGCUGAUCCUAUACCAUCCACUGCUGACAGCCCAGGGUCUGCCUGUGGACAACUUGCUCAAGACCUUAUCGGUGUGAAAAUACGCGCUACCUUAGCAGCGUACCAGCUCUGGUACUUGUACUGCGAGAAAUGUCGAGAAAAGGCGCUCAAAGCUUCGAGUGUUAAGCCGAAGAAGACCGUAAUGAUUUCGGACACGCCUGAGAGACCGGAGCCUGAGAUUGACCACAACACUAUGAAAGAUAACGCAAUCUUUCUCCUGGAUUUGACUCCUCUCAAUACAUCCGAAGCUCCUAAUGCAUCACCUUGGCAAGACGUCUCUUGCCGAAGUCCGCCAACUCCUCCGGGAAGCUUAUGGCAACCAGCGCCCCCCUUUCAAUGUCUCCCAGCCUUAGGCGUUGCCCCGAAAACAAGUGCCGCUGAUGCAGCAAGAUACCACUCACUUGGGAGACCUAUGCCCGUAACGAAUGUGAAUAACCCAUUCGUUCCAAACGAAAUGACAAGCUCCCAGUAUCCAAGGGUACAUCGAUCUGUUUCGAUGGGACAGGCUGGUGGAAGGGACUUGGCUUCUGCCGCAAGACCGCCACUUACUAAAUUUGAGCCAGAUUCUCAUGAGGCACUUUCUGGUGCUGGUUCCUCACUCCUCUCUCAGCCAAGUGCAGCCCUUCAAAAACUUGUUGGUUGCGAUUGGACUUCAGAAGGUGGAGGAGUCUCCGCUUUCACAACUCCGCGAGUCGAGUCUGACAUUCUGAUGAGAAACCCUGUCCUUACAUUUAUCGUCGCUAAACGAGAUCUGCAGACCCAUAAGCAGAAGCUUGACGCCAUUGUUCGUAUAAAUACGGUUCGACAAUAUGCGUUUGAGGCCCUAAACUGGUUCCUGCGUUCGACAACUCAACCGACAUGUGUCCACGAUGUUAUGUGGUGGUUCUGCAACGCACUCGACACGUACGCUCGAAUAGUUCAACCACCUGAUACUGAUGAGGAAAACAAAGAGAACGUCUUAAACAACGAUGCGAGCCGUAGUAUAAUCCCAAGUGCUGCGACAUCUGCUCUAUGCCCUGGAGGUAGAGCGGCACGUGGGGCUCGUGCGGCCUUCCACGCCUUCCUGGGUUCCAUCAGCGCCCUUGCCCCAUCCUUACCACCAGCCACUGCUGCCAACCUUCAGGCAGUUCGCUGCUGGGAACUGCACUAUUCGCAGCACGAUCGGGCUUUCUUGCACAGAUCGCAAGUGUUUAGUGUUAUAAGCAAGAUAUUGUCGCAUACUGAGGACGGGGUCUACGAGGAUGGCAUUUUGGGAGCACUACACGAAAGCUAUCAGAGCUUUAUUAAUAAGCAACAAAAUUAUUUAUGGAGCUGUCCAGAAGUGACCGGUUGGUGUACUAUAACGGUCUCUUCGCGAGAAGGCAUGGCUGGUGCCUUAACAGAUAAUACCACUGAGACAUUUUGGGAAUCGGGUGAUGAAGACAAGAACAGAACUAGGUGGAUUCAAAUUGCAUACAACGGAGGAUCAGCUGAAGAUCGGCCACAUAUUGUCUGCGUACACAUUGAUAAUACGAGAGAUACUGCGACAAAGACGCAAUUGAUAACUUUUUGGUAUAGCGGUGGACCAUCGGAGUUACUGCAAAUGAUGGAUGUUGAUGUCGAUACGAAAAAUGCUCAUUGGGUGUGCUACAUAUUGCCUAAAUCCUCAAGCAUAUCAGUACGUGUACGUUGUGAAUUACGUGGGCCUGACCCGACUGUACGUGUACGCCAGGUGCGCGUACUUAGCGGUCCACAACCCCACGGUACGCUCUCACUACAAAACCAUCCGUUACACUCAUUGACUGAAAAAGAUACGCUUCGUGUCUUCAGAUUAUUGACGUCACAAGUAUUUGGUAAGCUCCUGGAGUGGGAACAAACUGGUAGUGAUUCUGAAGGUGUGGUUGCUGGUGAGAGCACUGGUGACGACAGCGAUCUACGCGAACAUGUUGUUGGGAUAUUGUUCGCCGGGCACAAGCUUACCACCUUACAAAAACAAGUGAUGUCUCAUAUUGUUUGUGCGAUUGGCUGCGAAGCGUCCCGCGUUCGUGAUGAUUGGGAGACGGCCCUUUUAUGCGCUGAAGCAGUUGACAGGUCUGAUGAAGAUGCGCAACCGAGAUUGGCACAUCAGCAGGACAACUAUUGCUUUGAAAUGCUGUCAUUGCUUUUGGCGCUAAGUGGAAGUGUGGCCGGGCGUUCUCAUCUUGCCCAAAGAACUGAACUCUUGGCUGAUUUAUUAGCAUUGCUGCAUACUGGCAGCGAACGCGUGCAACGACAGGUCAUAUCUUUAUUACGACGAAUGAUUACUGAAAUACCGCCGCAGAAGAUGUUAGCUGCCCUCAACUACGGGUCAGACUUAGGCGCAAGAUAUGAGACUAUGGUAACACUACUAGAUCACUUAGUGUGCUAUGUGGGCAAAGCGGUAACUGUCCAAGUCAAAGUCAAAGGUGCUAGUGGUGCCAAUUCAAACACAGUAACAAUGGGAGGAUCUGUUACGCCUGCACCACCAGCUACUUGGUUUAUGAGGGGCGAAACUACGAGGAACCACGCCCAAAUUGUUGCCAGACUUCUCGUCGAUAUGGCUGAAGAUAAAAUAUCUCCAGCAUGGGGAACAGCGACUCGUAUGGCAUUAGCCGAGUACAUACGGGCAAUUGCAAAUGUGGACGAAGGGGAAAGACGACCUCAAAGAUGUAUUGCCCAACCCACAGUUUGGCUUGCUUUAGCGGCUUUAUGCGUUUGUGAACAAGAACAUAUUGAACUAAUUAACAACUCAGGUCGUGAUUCUCGUAACCGGGACUCCAUAGCGGACUCUCGCCAGUUCUGCACCAACCACGACGACGGGAUAACAUGUGCUGUUAUAGAAUGUCGCACUUGUGGUACACUAUGUGCCGAGUGUGAUCGGUUUCUUCAUCUCAAUAGAACCGCGAGGACUCAUCAAAGACAGAUUUGCAAAGAAGAAGAGAGUGCCAUCCGUGUUGACAUUCAUGAAGGCUGUGGCAGAGCUAAACUCUUCUGGCUAUUGUUGCUUGUGGAUCGACGUACUCUUAAAGGACUGGCAGAAUUUCGUGGAAUGAGCUGCGAGACAGGCGAAGAACCGCCAGAUGCAACUGGCCUUGCCGGUGUCUGCCGCUUUUGCGGUACACGUGGAAACUCUGGCCUGCUUGCUAUUGGCAAUGUAUGCGCAGACCAACAGUGCCAGGAACAUAGCCGCGAAGCGUGCGCCCGUAUACUUACUUGCGGUCACCUUUGCGGUGGCGUGCGCGGGGAACGUUCAUGCCUGCCUUGUCUCUUUGGAUGCGCCGGCGCAGGCUCGUUGCGCCAGGACGCUGAUGAUAUGUGCAUGAUCUGUUUUACUGAUCCCCUACAAGCUGCUCCCGCAAUACAGUUGACCUGCGGGCAUGUUUUCCACUUACAUUGCUGCAGGAAGGUUCUCUUGAACAAAUGGAAUGGGCCGCGUAUUACAUUCUCUUUCUCGAAAUGUCCCAUCUGCAAGGAAGACAUCUCACAUUGGACCCUCGAAGAGCAACUAGCUCCCAUCAAAAAGUUGCGUGAAGAAGUCCGCCGCAAAGCCUUAAUGAGAUUGGAGUAUGAAGGCUUGUCUGCUGGAACCUCGAAGGGCAAAAACGUCGGAGACACUGCUGGCUAUGCUAUGGAUAGAUACGCGUACUAUGUCUGCCAUAAGUGUGGAAAGGCUUACUUCGGCGGGUUGGCACGUUGUGAAGCUGAGUCGAAUUCGUCAUGGGACCCCAAAGAGCUGGUAUGUGGCGCCUGCAGUGACGUAGCUGGAGCAAGGACUUGCCCCAAACACGGCUCUGACUUCCUCGAAUACAAGUGCCGGUACUGCUGCUCGGUGGCAGUGUUCUUCUGCUUUGGCACAUCUCAUUUUUGUAACGCGUGCCACGAUGACUUCCAACGCGUUACCAACAUAGCUCGCCAUAUGCUGCCCCAGUGUCCAGCAGGUCCAAAAUGCGAGCAACUACCAGGAACGACAGAGGAAUGCCCUUUACACGUUUUGCACCCUCCCACGGGAGAGGAAUUUGCCCUCGGCUGUGGAGUGUGUCGCAAUGCACAUGCCUUCUAA